AUGGCGACUGAAUCACGACCGUAUCGAAUCGGUGACGUUAUAGGCAGUUUAAGAGAUCUGAUAUCGCGCAGGCGAUCACCAUCACUAUCACGACGACGAAAGAGGGAUGUCGAGAUGACGACAGCGGCAAUCGAACGUGAACGAAAGGUGUCGGCGCCAGCGGAUCUGAACCAGAUAUUCACACCGGUCGUUGAACAACCAUUCACUAGCUCAUCGGAUUCAAUGAAAUAUACUUUGAAUUCCCAGCGAAACUCCAGAGUUUCACCUAUUCGUCAAGUGGACGUUGUGAAGACUAUUAUUCCAUCGGUAAUGCCUACGCAAAACAACGUACAAUAUUCAGUACCGGAUGGCAGUGAAGGUAUAGUGCAGUUACUUUCAAAAAAAGAAGUAUCAGUAACGUCUAUUAGUGACUAUUCACUAGUUAAUGGACUUUUUGUUAGGUUAUUUUCAAAUUCCCUCCGCUUAAAACAUAACAUUCCAACUUUAUCGAUUGAUUGCUCUGUAGUGGGUGAGAUGAUUUCAGUGCCGGUGUUUGAAUAG